AUGAAAGAAGUCAUCUAUAUACAAGCAGGGCAUUUUGCCAAUUACGUCGGCACUCAUUUCUGGAAUACCCAAGAAAGCUAUUUCACGUAUGAGGAGGGCGAAGAAUCUGAAGUGGACCACGAUGUCUCUUUCAGAGAGGGAUUGUCGCUGAAGGGUGACCAGACUUACUGUCCACGACUACUUGUAUUUGACCGCAAAGUAAAUUUCGGCACACUCUCCGCUGCAUCUGGCCUGUACGGAGACGACGAAGAGGAAUCUGCAGCACAGUCAAUCCUGCAGCGCAAAACAAUAUGGAUCGCUCACGACUAUUCCAGGGGAGGGGGCGUAGUGGAAUAUCGUCAAGAGCGCAUGCCGAAAAGUAGAUAUCAACAACGUCUCGACGACGAGGCGCAGGAUGCAGACAAAGAGAUCUCCGGACAAGUCAAGCCUGUCUCCGAUACAGACAUACGCUACUGGUCGGAUUUCAAUCGUGUAUUUCUGCAUCCUCGUACCCUUCAGCGGCUACCGGACCUAGCCGAUUGGGAAAGUGCAGAGGGCGAUUGGUAUGCUGGGAAGGAUGUUUUCGAAAGACACGUCUCAGGAUUACAAGUGAUCAACGACACUGGCAGCUUUGGUGGCUUCACAAAUGCAUUUCUUACAUCAUUCCGAGACGACUUUCCUAAGCUCCCAUGUUUGGCAUUUCCACUGCUCUCAAGCGCUGUUUCCUCAGGGCUAGAUCCAGAGAAUGAUCUCGCUAUGAGGAAGGUGGUGAACGACGCACUAUUUAUCAACAGUUUGGACGGGCUUGCUACAAUGACUGUCCCCAUCCACUCUCCAGAGACUUGGGCAGCAGGAGAGUGGUUGGAAGGGAUUUCGUUAAACCGCAACAGCACACAUCAGACGUCCGCCGUUCUGUCUGCUCACAUAGAGAGCGUGACACUUCCUCUAAGGUUGAAAGGUUCCGCGGAAGACCUCGCUAGCGUCUGCGGUACACUUAACUGGGGUGGCGGUAAUCGAUUUGCUCACCUCUCUGGGAUGCUCCCGCUCCCGCCAUCACUUGUGCCUGAGCGUGACUUUGAUCGUAAGAUACACGACUUCUCUGUGCAGUUAACUACGGGCUCCAAGGUCAGGCCGGCCACAGUCAACAGGUAUGACUACGCGCGGAUAUAUGUUUCGCGUGGGUUCUCUUCUUUCGACCGACGCCAACUGGACCAGUGGACUGAGUCCCAGAGGCCAUUACCGCAGAGCAUUUAUGCGCCCGCAUAUCCUAUCCCCACCUCCUUCCCAUCCUUCUUCACCUCACCUCCUGCCCCGUCGCCCGCACAGCCAGCCCACCCUUCACGCGUGCAGAAUCGACUCCCGUCGACGCGCAUGCUCUCCUCCCUGCACACGACUCCGCAGACCUCGCGCUUCUUUGGGGCGUACGCAUCGGCCGUAGACAAGUGCGCGCGUCUGCGUCCGGACGUGUUGGGCGCGAUGGGGGUCGAAAAGGACGAGGUGCGCGAGCUGAGGGAUGGAUUGUGGGCGCUGAGAGAUGAAUAUGCAGGCGCAGAUGAUAGCGAGCUUGAGGCUGAGGCUGAGACGUUGGGAGAGGAUGAGGAAUAG